CCCCCUUCCACCUUCCUCCCUUUUUCUUGAAUUCCUCAACCGCCCUUUCUUCUCUUCCUCUUCCUCUUCCUCUUCAGCAUCUUUCAUACGUCCACAUGAAGCUCACCAUUAUGAACCCCAAACGUCUUUUCCGGUCCAAGAAGGAGCGUUCCUCCGUGUCCAGAUCCGGGCCUCCGUCCUUCGGCUCCGGAACCUCCUCCUCUUCCUCUGACGGAUCGACCAUCCUCAGGGCUACCAGCGGCGUGGCCGGCUCAUCAACCCCCACCAGCGUCUUACCUGAUUGGCCCGAUUUCCACUGGGAUACGGUCCAUGCGUUCAAGCUUAUAGACCGAGACAACGAUGGGUUUGUCUCCAGGGAAGACUUGGAAUCGCUGCUUACCCGGCUUGGAAUCGAGCCGCCUAGCCAGGAGGAGGUGACGAUGAUGCUUAGGGAGGUGGAUCACGACGGCAGGGGGUGCAUCAGCGUGGAGGCACUGAUGAGCCGGGUCGGUUCGGCAUGCGAGCCGGGCUGCGAUUCGGAGGAGUUGAGAGAGGCCUUUGAAGUUUUCGACUCGGAUCACGACGGGAAAAUCUCGGCGGAGGAGCUUAUGCGAGUUUUCAAGGCCAUAGGAGAGGAGCGGUGCUCGUUGGAUGACUGCCGGCGCAUGAUAGAAGGGGUUGAUCGGAACGGGGACGGUUUUGUGUGCUUCCAGGACUUCUCCCGGAUGAUGGAGCUGCAGAGAUGAUCAUCUUCAGACGAUGAUGUAGCUCGCAAAUAAUGUUAUUUCUUCAGUUUUUUUUCCUCCCUCUCACUUUUUAUAUCACAUAUAUGUUUAUUUCGGAUUUGGGUGUAUAAUGUUUAAAGCUUGAGAUUAAAGCCACGCAAACGCGAUCCAAAAAACUCAAUUAUUGAGUGUUCCAACUAUGAAUCAGCGAUUCUAUUGAUGUUGCUACUGCCGCUUAAGUUUGAAAGAUAAGAAAUUCCAAUCCAGUUGCAGUCUCUUGAACUCGCGAGAGUGUGUAUAUAUUUAUUGUUAAUCGAACCUUGAAUACGGAUAUUAGA